AUUUAUCUGUACAAGUUUGUACUUUGUAAAAUUAUCACCUAUAAUCCAGUUAUGUGUACUUUGCUUCAGAAGGUCCCAGUUAGGAUGCUUUUCAAUAACUGUACUCAGGUACAGCUUUUAACAGCUACCUCUGGGGUAAGGAACUUUCAUAAGAGUGACCAGCUAAUGGAUGUGUUUGAAAUACAAAAUGAAGAUGAGUUUAAGAACAAAGUCAUGAGAAACUCUCUGCCAGUAAUUGUUAACUUUCAUGCUGAUUGGUGCGAGCCAUGUCAUUCCCUCAGGCCGUUGCUAAACAAAAUUGCUACUGAAAAUGUUGGUCGCCUUCAUCUAGCAGAGGUAAUGGUAGAUGAACAUGUGGACCUCCUGCAUGCCUUUGAAGUCACAGCAGUGCCGGCCGUGUUGGGAAUACACCGUGGAAUUGUGAUCGAAAAAUUUAUUGGGCUGGUUUCUCAUAAGGAAGUUAAAGAAUUUGUAGAUAAAAUUUUGCAUAAAAAUAAUAAAUAAAAUUAAAUUGGAGAAAUAUUUUGACUGUUAUUACAAUAUAUUAUUAUUACUAAAAGAAAGCAAUUAUACAUUCACAGAAAAGUUUAAUAUUUCUCGAGUUACAGAAUUCUCUGGACUUUGUCUUCCAGAGCUGUCUAAAAGGUAGGGAUGUUGUAUUCAGAAUAUAAUCUAAAUUGUAACGUCAGCAUACUUCGUCAAGACAGCGAUUGAAUGAAUGAUGGUAAAUGUUUUCUUUUUUGAGUCACCCUGCCUUAGUGGGAGAUGUAUGUAUGUAUAUAUAUAUAAUCAUUAAUUAUACCUAAAUCAAAUAUAUAAGAUAUAGAAAUGUAGCUAUUGCUCUAUUGUAUGAGCCUUUACCUAGUGAUGGAUCUGCGGAUCAUAUACCCCCCUCCCCUUACAAUCUGGUCACUGCCCAAGCUUCCUAAUUGAUGGCUUAAUCAUCCAGGCUGUUGGAAUGUGGAGCUCACAGUCUGAUAUAUACAGGGAUGUUCUCAAGGAUUCAUAUGAAAUUCACUUUUGACAAACGAUUACCAAAGUGAUAAAUGCUUCAACAUAAUAAUGCAUUUUAAAAUGUUUUGAAAUAAUUUUUAACACUUGUUAAAAGGAAAAUAUUUGUUCCAUAAAUGGAUGUAAUUCCACAGGUAACUCAUAAAUAGGAGAUAAAUCUUUGGAGAAUGUUUCUGGCUGUGCUGAAUGGUUAUCAAGUGUUUCAGUAGUAAUUUGAUAAUGCUCCAGGAUAGACUGAAUCAUCAUCUCAAGAUUUAUCUUGAGCUUGUGGGUUAAUUGUGAACUGCUCCAGUCAUAACAUUGUGACUUCAAUUCUUUUGGAUAUAAGUUGCUAUUUUUGCUUUUCUUUUUUAAUUGGUAAAACUGUUGGUUGAGAUUUUGUUUAGCCAACCUCAGUUAUUAAAUAAAAAGGAAGUGUGCUACUUGUGUCAGUUGAAUGGCUGUUACCUCGUCCACCAUCAUUAAUUUAAUAAUUUUGCAGCUUCUUAAUUUUUUCCGUGUUAAGAUGUCUUCAAUCGUGGACUUUCGUUAUUUUUCUUGAUUACAUUGGUACCCUGACUUACGAGUUUAAUUCGUUCCGUGACCGAGCUUGUAACUCAGUUUGCUUGUUCAGUAUAUCAGAUCAACUUUUCUCAUUGGAAUUAACUGAAAUGCCAUUAAUCUGUUACAGCCCCCAAAAAACCACCCCAAUUUUUUUGUUACGGGUUUUUAAAUAAGGAAAAUGUAUUUAUAAAUAAGAAAUGAUUUUUGCCUUUUUUGCCAGGUCCCACCAAUGUUUUAGAAAUGCUGGAGUAUAUAUGAAACUCCUUGAAGCAUGGUGUAAGAUGAGUGUCACUCCACUGCUGACAGUGUAGCAGUGGAGUGACAUUUGAUGAUUGUGCACUGCCUUGGCUUUAUUUUUCACUGUUACACAUAAACAUAUCUGUUUGUUUCUAUCUGUCUGUAUCUGUCUGUCUAGCUCUGUGUUUAUCCCUGUCUCUAAUUAUCUUUCUGUCUGUGUUUGUCUUCCUGUCUCUACUUGUGUGUCUGCCUCAGAGAGAGAGCUGCUCAUGAACCAACAGGUAUUACACAUGAUGCAGAGUCAUCACAUCUAAUUCCUGAACAAGUGAAAAUGUGUAUUACUUGCCAGCCAUGCUUAUUAUGCCUUAUAUCUACAAGCAUAGUAUAGCACUGUCUGGAUUUUUUGGGUUAUCCUAGGUAAUUUACACUGUCUAGCUGUAUAUAUGUGUACCUGUGAGAUAGAGCGAUAGACAGACAGGGACAGAGAUAGAGACAGAGAUAGAAAUAUAGAUAGAAACACAGACACAGAUAGACAGAGACAGAUAUAUACAGACAGAUGGGAGAUAGAGACAGCCAAAGCAAAUCAGCCAGCAAGCCAGCCGCCAGCUGGCUGGUAUUUCCUUGGUAUCUCCUGUGAGUGGCGGCGUAUCUGAAGCUUGCUCGUAACUCAGAUUUUGGCUUGCAACUCAAAGCAAAAAAUCGACCAAGCAAUGGCUCAUAAUUUGGGGCACUCGUAAGUCAAGGUACCACUGUAUUAUACUUUAACAUAUAUGGCUCAAAAUGAUUCUUAAUUGGUGUUUUUCUGUUAUUUUGGCAGUACAAUACAGCCUCUCCUCACCUAGUGAAGUACUCUUUUAUUGACAACUUGGACUUACGGCAGGCUUUCUGACCAGUAUUUAUACCUAAAUAAUGUAUAUUAGAACUGAUCUCCUCUCUUCUGUUUAUUUCAAUGUACAUACAGUACACUACUGUAUAAUCACUUAAAAAUAUACCAGAAAUGUUAUAAAUGGUGCAAAGGUGACAUUAAAACAAUAUCAAAGAUGGUUGACACAAACCCACUACCUUUAUAGUAUGCUCCUCACUUAGCAACGAAUUCAUUUAACGACGUGGUCUUAGAAACAGAACUCUAUCCUUAAGUGAGGAGAGGCUGUAUUUGUAUUUCCUAACUUUUUCAAGGGCAGUAUUUUAUGCCAAAUGUAUUAUAAAGACAAUAAUUUUAAGCUUAAAAAUUUCACAUACUGUAUAUUAGUCCAUGUCGUAGUUAUUUGUGAGUAGGAAUGUAUAUUUUUUGUAUUUAAUAAACCAUCCGAGUGCAUUAUUAUAGAAAAUGUAAUUCCAUACACUGAUAUUAUUUAUUAAUGUUUCUUGAAAGUUAAGCCAAAAAUAUUUUUUGUUCCUACAUGUUUAGUGUCUCUUCAUUUGACAUUUGCAGUGCUGACUUGAGCUAAACAUUUUUAGUUCUAUAAUGUAAUCAUAUUUCAUCUUCCACUUCCAGACAUGAGGUCUUGGAGAACAUGUUGGUCAUUAUUAAAUUCCAGUUCAGAAUUGUCCCACAGAUUUUUAUUGUUUUAUUAAAUAUGUCUAAGGCUGGAUGGUUUAUAAAGUAUGCUUGACCCAACAUAUUAUAUGAACUGUUAAGGUUGUUUUAAUCCUGUGGAUGUAGACAUUGUAUUUUCCAGGGAUGUGACCAGCUUUUCUGACUUAUUAUUCAAAUUAAUGAGGGGAAGUUUUCUCAAAGUAGGGUAUACCUGAAGUAUACCCGGAGAGGGUUUCGGGGGUCACUGCCCCUGCAGUUUGGUCUGAGACCAGGCAUGGUGGAUUAGGGUCUGAUCAACCAGGCUGUUACUUCUGGCCGCACACAAACUGGCGUAUGAACCACAGUACGGCUGGUCAGGUACUGACAUUAGGUGCCUGUCCAGUGCCUUCUUGAAGACAGCCAGGGGUCUAUUGGUAAUUCCCCUUAUGUAUCCUGGGAGGCAGUUGAACAGUCUUGGGCCCCUGAAACUUACUGUGUUGUCUUUAAGUAUACUCAUGGCACCCCUGCUUUUCAUUGGGGAAAUGUUGCAUCUGCAAAGUCUCUUGCUUUCAUAGGGAGUGAUAUUCAUGUGCAAGUUUGGUACUAAUCCCUCUAGGAUUUUCCAAGUGUGUAUCAUCAUGCAUCUCUUUCGCCUGCAUUCCAGGGAAUACAAAUCCAGGGACUUCAACUGUUUCCAGUAAUUUAGGUGCCUUAUCAUACUUAUGUGUGCCGUGAAAGUUAUUAGUACACUCUCCAGAUUAGCAAUUUCACCUGCCUCGAAGGAGGCAGUAAGUAUACAGCAGUAUUCCAGCCUAGAGAGAACAAGCGAUUUGAAGAGAAUCAUCAUGGGCUUGGCGCCCAUAGUUUUGAAGGUUCUCAUUAUCCAUUCUAUCAUUUUCCUAGCAGAUGUGAUAGAUACAUUGUUGUGGUCUUUGAAGGUGAGAUCCUCUGACAUUAUCACUCCCAGGUCAUUCACAUUACUUUUUUUCUCUACUGUAUGGUUAGAAUUUGAUGUAUACCUUGAUACAGUUUUAAUUUCCUCAGAUAUCUGAGUGGAGCUGCCUGUUGUCACCAAGCUACUCUACUCUGAUAAAACUUCCCCUCAUUCCUCCUGUUGCUACUCUUGCAACAUUCCAUAGCUCAUGAUGCACAGAGAUGUGUGAGAGUACUUGAGCUGAAGAUUUCCAUUCCCAUGGCUUGUCUUGCAUUGUUAAGAUUGCUUGACUGCGACUGUAUUGCAUUCAGAAUAAAUGCAAUAUUCAUUAGCAUUGUAUAAUAAUGUAAUAUGAUGUAUAAUUAAAAACAUGCUGAUAUAUAUCUUAA